CGGUUACCACAACACGCCGGCCUGUUGCCUAGCGAUGCUGCGCAAUAAAGCAGCACCUUACACUCGCACCUGACACAACAUCCCCAGCCACUCCUCUCAGGUGAACAAGGGACUUUUUGCAGAGCUGAAAACAUGCGUGAAUGUAUCUCUGUCCACGUCGGCCAAGCCGGAUGCCAGAUAGGCAAUGCAUGCUGGGAGCUGUACUGCCUUGAGCAUGGCAUCCAGCCGGACGGUCAGAUGCCCAGCGACAAGACCAUCGGAGGAGGAGACGACUCCUUCAACACCUUCUUCAGUGAGACUGGAGCUGGCAAACAUGUUCCCAGAGCUGUCUUUGUUGACCUGGAGCCCACUGUCAUAGAUGAGGUCCGUACAGGCACCUACCGCCAGCUCUUCCAUCCUGAGCAGCUGAUCACUGGAAAAGAGGACGCAGCCAAUAACUAUGCUCGGGGUCACUACACCAUCGGGAAAGAGAUUAUUGACCUGGUGCUGGACAGGAUUCGUAAACUGGUGAGUUUGCCUGCGGAGGUUUUGUGUUUGAGUUCAGAGUGUGGUGGAGUAUGGAAAGAAUUCUGUUAUUUUAUUUCCCUGCAGGCUGACCAGUGCACAGGGCUCCAGGGUUUCCUCAUCUUCCACUCCUUUGGAGGAGGAACCGGCUCAGGCUUCACUUCUCUGCUGAUGGAGCGUCUCUCUGUCGACUACGGCAAGAAAUCGAAGCUUGAGUUUGCCAUCUAUCCAGCUCCUCAGGUGUCCACAGCCGUGGUGGAACCCUACAACUCCAUCCUGACCACCCACACCACCCUGGAGCACUCUGACUGCGCCUUCAUGGUAGACAAUGAGGCCAUCUACGACAUCUGCCGCAGGAACAUGGACAUCGAGCGCCCCACCUACACCAACCUGAACAGGCUGAUUGGACAAAUCGUCUCAUCCAUCACCGCCUCCCUGCGCUUCGAUGGUGCCCUGAACGUGGACCUGACAGAGUUCCAGACCAACUUGGUGCCCUACCCUCGUAUCCACUUCCCUCUGGCCACCUACGCCCCAGUUAUCUCUGCAGAGAAGGCCUAUCAUGAGCAGCUCUCUGUAUCAGAGAUCACAAACGCCUGCUUCGAGCCAGCCAACCAGAUGGUGAAAUGCGACCCUCGUCACGGCAAGUACAUGGCCUGCUGCCUCCUGUACCGUGGAGACGUGGUGCCCAAAGAUGUCAACUCUGCCAUCGCCACCAUCAAGACCAAGCGUACCAUCCAGUUUGUGGACUGGUGUCCCACAGGCUUCAAGGUGGGCAUCAACUACCAGCCCCCCACAGUGGUUCCUGGUGGAGACCUGGCCAAGGUGCAGAGGGCCGUGUGCAUGCUGAGCAACACCACCGCCAUCGCAGAGGCCUGGGCUCGCCUGGACCACAAGUUCGACCUCAUGUACGCCAAGAGGGCCUUCGUCCACUGGUAUGUUGGAGAGGGUAUGGAGGAGGGAGAGUUCUCUGAGGCCAGAGAAGACAUGGCCGCCCUGGAGAAGGAUUACGAAGAGGUUGGAACUGACACCGUCGGGGAUGAAGGAGAGGAAGAGGGGGAGGAAUAUUAGAUUUGAAAUAAAACCAUCAUUGACUGGGUCAUUUCUGUGUCAGUAUGUUUCGAACAAACUGUUGCACAAUGAAUUGUCCAACUGUCAAGUUUUAGACAUGAUGUAGAGUGAGAACAUAUGAUAAAUCGUAAAAAUGUGGGUGACGGUGCAUGAUUUUCAUCUCUGCUUUUCUUUCUUUAUUCUUUAUUGUUUAUCUUCAAUGUCUUUUUUUUUUUUUUACAAAAAUGUUUUUCAGAAAGAACAAUAAACUAAUUUGACCAACUUGUGAGGCCAACUUUCUUUUUUUUAAAGUAGGAAUAUUCUUGGGUUGUGCUGCAGGAUGCUACUUGUAUAAUUUCAGCCAUCACCAAUCAUUUAUCUUAAUUGAUGAAUUCCUCCGUCCUUUAUUUGCCAGUUAUAAGAGGCCAGGUCGUAUUAUAAUUUUCCAAAGAAAUUAAAUUUUCAUUUUACACUCCAAGCAUGUCAAAGUAGACAAAAAGGUUCCUGUCUCAGUGAAGCAGAGGAACAUGCCCCACUGCUCCUCACAAUGCAUCUCCCCUUCUGAAUGUAUAUAUACAUAUAUAUAUGGAACAUAUAAAAAGAAUAUUGUUAAAACUGAAUGGUCUUAUUUAUUAGAAAUGAACACAAAUGUGACCCAACAUGUAAUUUGGGUUGGAUAUUGGAAUUUCUUUUUCAAAAACUAGGAUUGCGAAUUGAAUAAUAUACAAUCUAGAUAAUGAGUACAGUCACAAAAUGUUUUAAAUUGGUGCAACUUUGAUUAUGAUAUUGACUAGAAGAAGGUUCGGUCCUAGCCACAAAGGUACCUCCUCACACAUAAGGUUAAAGAAGUGUCAUUUAUGCUGAUUCAUCAUUAGAGUAUUUCUUAUACAAGAUUACGAGUGACACAGAUGUAAACUGAUCUUUUUGUGAACUGUAACCUGAAACCUGCUCCCAUCGGUUUUAGGCUUGCAAGUUAAAGCAUAAACAAUGGAAGGAUAUUCAUAAUCUCAUAACUUACCGAUCUUGUAUUUGGUUACCAAUGAUUACAGUAACAACAACAGGAUUGCUUUUUUUAAUCAUUAAUUUGACAUUAUUCCACAUCCACAAAUGUAAGUUCACCAACAAAACCCCCCAAUUCUGUGAAUUAUUGAAAGAAAUGGAACCGUACGUGUGGACAGUUUCCCUCUCAAAACAAGUAAUGUUUGCAACACCCUUUAAAGUAUUUAUAUGAAUUUGAUAUCCAACUCAAGAGUCCUCUUUCUAUUCUUCCUUUGUUGUUUCAAUUAAUUAAUUUAUCACUCAUUUUCUUAAGGUGUAUCCUAUAUGUGACAAUCCUAUUCUUCUGUUUCAACACUGUAUGUGGCCUUUUUAGGUUUAUUGUCUAAAACAAAUUUUGCAAGAAAAUAAAAAGAGUCUUCUGGUCA